GGGUAUGUCAUGAAAUGUGCGGUCAAGGCAGGAAUCAGGGAGUCGAUUUGGUCGUUUCAACGGAUGACCGUAAUGGAGGAAAUGGACCACGACAUAAUCAUCGGGAGACUAUGGUGCGCCAACGUAGAAAUGAUAGGCAUGCACCUGCACGAUGGCACGUACAUGGUAGACAUAGAGGACCCAGUGACCAGCCGCGGGAGCUUCUCCGACUCCUUGGGACGGGAGGAGACCCUCUGAAGGGGAAGUUAGCAACGUGGUCGCCAUCGUUCGAAGAUAGCGCACGGAAAGGGGCUUUUGCGCGAAUGAAGGGUAUGAGAGAAAGGGUAGAAAUUAUGAUUGAGGAGGCAUUCAGUAAGAAAGAAUGGAUCAAGAUGGGCCUGCCCCAGAAGAAGAGAAGACAGGAGGACGAAGUCUUAGGUGUUAUGGUGGCAGAAAGGGAAUCAGAAGUCGAACUCGGAGCCAGCCUGCCAAGACGGAAAGAAGUGCGGAAGGAGGUACCGGAAAUCGCACUCGAGAUCCCCGACGUAUUGCAACUCAUCAAAGCUAUCAGGUAUCACAAAGUAGGGGUGAAUCCGACGGCGUUGGCCAAGUUUGAAGGGGAAACUGCUAAAGAAAGAGGCAAUCUGGCAAUGGGACAAAGACUGUAUGUCUGCGCUCAAGAAGUUAAAGCGCGCGUUAUCGAAUAUCCCGUCCUCAAAGUAGCAGAUCCGUCCUUGCGAUUUCUCGUUACCACGGACGCAAGUGAGUAUGGGAUAGGCGCCGUGUUGCAGCAAGACGACGACAAUGGCUAUAGACCCGUAGAGUUCAUGUCAGCGAGGAUGCCCUGUGAGAAGGUYGCUACCUCCACGUACGAGAGAGAACUCUACGCUCUCAGGCAGGCUUUAGACCAUUGGAAGCACUAUCUGCUUGGGAGGCACUUCAAAGUGUAUUUUGACCACGAGACACUUCGUUGGUUAAAGACACAGGCCAAGAUGACACCUAAGUCGACUAGGUGGGCCGCAGAGAUAGACCAAUUCGACUUUGAGAUCAAGCCAGUAAAGGGCAAAUACAACGUAGUUGCGGAUGCUCUGAGUAGGAGAUCAGACUACUUUGGAGCCGUAGUACACUAUUUGGAUAUAGGGAGAGACCUGCAGGAGAAAGUGAGGCAAGCAUAUGCGCAGGACCCUAUCUAUAGCGACCUCUUAAAGAGAGUUAGAGAGGCCCCAGAGACUGAACCAGAUUACCGCACUACAGACGGGUUGCUAUUUGAGAAGACUAAUGUGUUUGACCGCCUGUGCGUUCCCAACAGCGAAGUGAUCCACAAUUUGAUUUUAGGGGAAUGCCACGAUACUGAAGGGCAUUUCGGUUGGCAAAAGACAUUAGCCAACCUGAUGCGUGCGAAUACCUGGCCAGGGAUGAAGAAUGACUGCAUAGGGUAUGUCCGCAGUUGUAAAGUGUGCCAGAGGAAUAAGUCUACUACACGCGCGCCCCUAGGUCUUCUCAGACCCUUGCCUAUUCUGGAUCAGCCGGGAGACUCCGUGUCCAUAGACUUCAUGGACACCCAAGUCAAGAGUAGACAUGAUGACGCAGCAGCAACAGCGAAUAAGAAGGCAGAGGACGCCGAGCAGGCACUGCUGGCAAUUGAACAACAGCGCCGGCAUGACGAGGCAGCAGCAAGGGCUGCCGAUGAAGAAAGAAACCAACGUCGUGAGAAGAUAUUUAGCGGAGAGCAGACUUUGCUUACAAUGGUAGCGAAAUGGCGGACCGAGGCUGAGAAUGGCAAGUUGGAGGAUUGCAAAAACAAGAUCGCUCUCCUCCUCUCGCAUCUCACAGACCUGCUGGCAACCUGCAUUACACAGCAGGAGGAUAUCCACAGCCUCGACGACUCGCUAGCUCAAGUCCAAGGCCGCCUCCAGCAGCUGGAGCAACAACCUGUCGCCGCCCCCGAUGCAAGUUCUUCCAACACCUCCGAUCGCCUCGAAGCAUUGGAGAUGGACGUCGGCUCCCUCAAGGACAGCGUGCAGUUACAACAGACCGCAACACAGCAGUUGGAACAGCGGAUCUGUACCGCAGCCAACACCUUGAGUCCGGAGCCGCGCGAGACAACUCCAAAGUUUGACGGGCAAGAGAUCUUCUGUGACUCGAUGAAGACAGAUUCAAUCCCAUGGUUCCUGCAGUACGGAGUGGUAGCUGCCGACUUGCACACCAAGUUCAGCUGGGAUGAUCUGAAGGCGGCAUGGCACAAGCGGUUCCAAGUCGAGCCGCCGGAGAUCAAGGCUAUGGACAAGCUCAUGGUCUUCGAACAAGGCACGCUGCCGAGUACCGACUUGAUCGCCAAGUACCAACGCUUGACGUCAGUCCCAGACAUCCAGAUGGGCUUCAAAGCCAUCCGCCACUAUUUCAUCUCAAGGUCAUGUCCGACAUUAAGCAAUGCCCAGACUCAUGUCGAGGACACCUUGACGACAACAGCGGAACUCUUUGACAAGGCCGCGCAGAUCAUCAUUACGAACAAGGAGGCUAAGAACCUGCGUUUGUCUGCGGCAGGCCCGAGCAGAGACCAGCAUUGGCCAAGCGUGGCCGUGGUCGCGGCGGCAACGCCGUUUGACCAAACCAGCGAGGUUGUGUCUGCCAAUGAAGGGGACAGACUCGCAGCCACCCGGGAAGGUGGCCGCCCCAGCAGAGGCCAAGGACGCGGCAAGACGAAGACACACACCGCAUCUAGCCCCGGGCCCGGCGCAGCAGCUCCAGCCCCAUGGCAAAGGCAAACAGGGAAAUUGAGCACCGCCGAGAGUGACUCGACAACACUCUUGACGCCUCCGGAACCGAUUUCUUCGCGAGUAACCGGCCUUCAUUCCAAGGCGCACGCGAAAGUCGAUAGUCCUCCUCUUACUUAUUAUUUUGACUAUGCUGCCCGGCUCGUUCCUACGCUGGGUACUCAAGCUCAAGGACAAGACGUGUGUGUGGUUUCUUCUCCGUCCGGCAGCGGCGUCAUAUCGUCUUCAAGUGGUUCUUCACGAGAAUCGACGCGCGAGUUCAACAUAGAGGUAUUGGACCCGCUCACGUCAGAGGACUUUGCAUGGCUUCCUCUCCUGACCACGGGCCGCUUGCCGGGACCACAAUGCGCAGCACUAUGCGCUCAUCUCCACACUUACUUAUCCUUCUAUGCAGCACCAACUUCGCCGACGGAUGACGAAAUCGUCGUGGGGGACAUCCUUGCAUAUACUACCAAGGUGGCCCGCGAGUUUCGCACGCAGCGGUACGAUGAUAACAACGCACCACUCAUGUAUGUCCACAUCCAGGUUGGGCAAGCGUCCUGCAGCGCUUUGCUGGAUGGCGGCUCGUCUCGCAAUUUCAUGAGCCAAUCCUUUAUGCAAAGGGCUGGCCUUGGCACACAAGUUCGGAGGAAGGCAAACCCGACGGCGAUCAAGUUGGUGGAUGGGAAAAGGCAGCAACUUCUCGACCGAUACAUCGAGGCCGUACCGGUUUAUUUCGCACCUCAUGCAUGCAAACCGGUGAUGUUCGAUAUUCUCGACACGGACUUCGACAUCAUUCUGGGAAUGCCUUGGCUUGCAAGUGCRGAUCACACGGUCAACUUCCACCGGCGGACUCGUAGCGUUCGUGACGCCUUCGGCGCCGAAGUGGCGUGUACUAUUCCUCUACCACACCCUUCGAUUCGGUGCCAAGUGGUGACGACCAAAUCAUUCCGGGCGACUUGCGCUUACGAGCAGCCCGAGGAGAUCCGCCUAUGUUUCCUACGGACCGUCGCGGUAGCCAACUUUUCACCCACAGACUUGUCUUCGGACCCCCGGGUGGUGCAGUUGCUGGACGAGUUCGCCGACAUCUUUGAGUCACCUACCGGUGUGGUGCCGGAUCGGCCGGUCUCUCACGAGAUCAUUCUUGAGGCCGGUGCCGUGCCGCCGAAAGGCUGCAUCUAUCGGAUGAGCGAGGAGGAGCUUGAGGUCCUUCGUGCACAACUCGACGAUUUGUUGGCCAAGGGCUGGAUCCGACUUAGUAGCUCCCCAUAUGAAGCACCAGUUCUUUUCGUCCGAAAGAAGAACAAGGAUCUACGAUUGUGUAUCGACUACCGCAAGCUCAAAGCGCAAACCGUCAAGAAUGCGGGGCCUCUUCCUCGCAUCGACGAUCUUCUUGAGCGAUUGGGCGGCUCAAGUCCGCUAUCGGACAAGAUUCAAACCAUCCAAGAGUGGCCGGAACCUCGGAACGUCGCGGAUGUCCGUUCGUUCCUUGGUCUUGCCGGAUACUACCAGCGUUUCAUCAAAGGCUACUCGAAGAUCGCGGCCCACUUGACCAAGCUUCAAUGCGAGGAUCGGCCGUUUGACUUCGGAGAGGAGGCGCGAGAAUCAUUUUUGGCUCUCAAAGCGGCGCUAUUAUCUGCGGAGGUCUUGCGGAUUUACGACCCGCUUUUGCCUAGACGCGUCACUACGGAUGCGUCAGGCUAUGGCAUUGGUGCAGUCCUCGAGCAACAUGAUGGUGUGGACUGGUACCCGGUCGAGUAUUUCAGCAAGAAAGUGCCUGUCGUGCAUUCCAUUGACGAUGCACACAAGAAGGAGCUCCACGCCUUCGUCCACGCGCUCAAGCGGUGGCGGCACUUCCUCCUUGGUCGAAGCCAAUUUCGAUGGGUAACGGACAACAAUCCGUUGGUCUUCUAUAAGACCCAAGACACCGUCAACAGCACCAUCACUCGAUGGAUGGCUUUCAUCGACCAGUUCAACUUCUUUCCCGAUCACAUUCCGGGGAAGUCGAACCGUUUUGCGGAUGCUCUUUCACGGCGUCCGGAUCAUUGUACCGCGGUCUACUCGACUUUCGAGAUUGACGAUGACCUGCGAAACAACUUCAUCCGCUGCUACCAAGCCGACCCCGAGUUUCGCGACAAGUACGCGAAUUGCUCCUCUCCUAAUCCGGCUCCUUCUCACUACCGGAUCCAAGAGGGGUACUUGCUUGUCCACACGCGGGGGAAGGACCUUCUUUGCAUACUGAGUGAUCCUCACUUGCGUACACGGCUUCUUGGCGAGUUCCACGAUGCUCCCGCCACCGAACAUUUUGGAGUCAAUCGCAUGAUUUGCCGACUUCGCAGGCGAUUUUGGUGGUCCGGCCUUCUCGGCGACGUCACACGCUAUUGCGAUUCGUGCGAGGUUUGUCGACGCUGCAAAUCCCGCAACCAUCGUCCGUACUGCAAGUUACGACCAUUACCGGUCUCGUUGAGGCGAAGGGAAGCGAUUGCCAUGGACAUUACCGGCCCGUUCCCCAAGCACAAGAUCGGAGUGGAUGGGAUUCUCACGGUGGUCGACCGACUCACCAAGUUUGCCAUGUUUUUGCCUUGCAGCUGUCAUGCCAAGGCACCGCAGUUGGCCGAGGUUAUUUACACCGUUUGGAUUCGAACCCAGGGUUACCCCAAGGAGAUCGUCUGUGACCGCGACACUCCAUUCAUGUCCGAUUUUUGGUUGGCGCUCAUCAAGCAAUGGGGCUCAUCUCUCAAACCCAGUUCAGCUCGCCACCCUCAGACCGAUGGCCAAACGGAGAGGGCGCACCAAACCGCACAGGUUCUCCUUCGCACUCUCAUCCAUCCUGACCAGAAGGACUGUGUUGAGCGGCUGCCGGAUGUCGAGUUGGCCUACAACUCUUCCAUCCACCCGGUUAUCGGGAUAUCGCCUUUCGAGUUCGAGCACGGCUCGCCGGUCACUUCACCAUUGGACAUUAUCACUCCACGAAUGGCCGAGAGUGACGACCAUCUUCUUUUCUUUCGUCGGGGGCAAGAGCUUCUUGUCAAGGCCCGCGACCAGAUGGAUAAGACGCAGCAGCGCAUGAGCCAGCAGGCCAAUCGCCAGCGUCUUCCUUGUCCAUUCUGCGUCGGCGACCUCGUCUUGUUGACCACGUUCUUGAGAUGUCUUCCCACAGACAUCAAGAACUUGUUAGCCAUUGAGGCUCGCAAAGAGUAUCACACGUUUGAGACAUUCAGCAAGAAGGCCCUAGACUUAGAGGCUACACUGGGUGGUGCUCAAACCUCUUCUACGGAUGGAAGAAAGAAGAAGACUCCACAAGAAUGGAAGAAGGGUAGUCGAUUGAUGAUGGUUGAUUCCGAUGGGAAUCAAACCGAGAUCGAUGAUGUUUCUGAGCUUGUGGAGGGUUCAGAGUUAGACGGCGAGGAGAGUGUUGAGGGUAGCAACCUCGCCGCACUAGUUAAGACUAAGGCAGCGGGUCGCGACAAGGGCGUGCUGGCUCAGCAGGAAGGGAAAAAGUUGAGACCGGUUGAGUACAUGAGCAAAACGAUGCCAUCAAAGAAGUUGGCAAAGUCCACCUACGAGAGGGAACUCUACGCUCUUUACAAGGCACUUGUCCACUGGAGGCACUAUCUGUUAGGGAGGUUCUUUUACUUGAGAACCGACCAUCAGACCCUCAAGUGGAUCAAGACUCAACCAGUUCUCUCCGAUGCACUCAAACGCUGGAUUGAAGUCAUAGAUCAAUAUGACUUCAAACUAGACUAUGUGAAGGGAGAGUACAACAAGGUUGCAGAUGCGUUGUCUAGGAGGGCAGACUACCUAGGUGCGUUGAUUUCUGAGUUUGGUUUGGUUGAGGAUGUGACUCAAUCGUUGGGGGGAGCCUACAAGGAAGACCCCAUCAUGAUGGACAUCAUUAACAAACUUCAGGCCAAAGAUAAGGCCACCACUAACGAGUUUGUGAUGGUGGAUGGGUUACUCUUUCUUGAGAAGGCAGGGUUCAAAAGGUUAGUUGUUCCAUCUAGGGAAAUUUUGCGUAGUUUAUUUUUAGGAGAGUGUCACGACGCAACGGGACAUUUUGGCUACAAGAAGACUAAUGCUAAUUUAGUACAACGAUUCAGGUCGCCUAACAUGCUUGACGAUGUGAAGAAGUACGUGGAGACCUGUCAGGUCUGUCAGCGGGACAAGCCGCGAACUCAAGCUCCGCUUGGGUUACUCAAGCCUCUACCCAUUCCUGCUGGCCCAGGGCAGAGUAUCUCCAUGGACUUCAUGGAUACCCUUGUGACCAGCAAGAAUGGCAAGAGGCACAUCUUCGUCAUAGUGGAUAGGUUCACUAAGUAUGCUAGACUAAUCGCCAUGCCAGAGACAGCCAGGACUGAGCACUUCAUCAAGUUGUUCAUGGACAACUGAGUGCGUGACUUUGGACUUCCAAAGACGAUUGUUAGUGACAGUGAUGUGAGAUUCACAAGCGAGAUGU